AUGGCCGAUGCACCAACCAAGGCCGUUGCGACAGAAGCUUCAGAAGGUGCAGAGGACGAACCUAGCUCCAAAUCGGAAGCACAGACGAAAGAAGAACCCGAAGAGACCGUCACUGUAUCUGAUGGUCGCCGGCGAGGCAGGAGAAGAGUGAUGAAGAAGAAGACUGUCCAAGAUGAAGAGGGCUAUCUUGGUAUGUGCGACGGUCCGAACAAAACUCGAUCUUGA